AUGGAGCACUUAUUGGUAAAUUUUAACCUUGGUAAACUUAAACGUCCUUCCUAUUCUUAUUCGGUGCUGCUAAUUUCGAUUACAUUUUGCCAGUUAAUCAGUGCAAUUUUUUCAAAGUAUAAAUACUUUUAGAAUAUAGGUAUUAAUUAAUCAUUGCCCUUCAUUACCCUAAUUUAAAAUAUUCCCAAAUUUCUGAAAUCGCCAAUUUAAUCAAAUAUAUAGAUGUUAAUAGUAUAAUUUAAGAAAAUGAGAUCAUAAUAUAAAUAUUGUUUUGGUGGCUAACUACCUUGGUAAUUGUAACAUAUUCGCUCUAUGCAAUCUGCUAUUUUUAGGUUAAAUAUCAAAAAACGAAGAAUUUAAUAGAUUAGUCCAGUGCUAAGGUUUUUAAUUAUUCUUAAUUUAGAUGUUAGCCUAACUUUUAUUGAUUGACUAAUGGAUUACUUGCUAGCCAACCUAGCUGGUUUAUUUAAACUUAGCCUUCUGUUCAGUAAAUUAAAAUUGUUUGAAUAUUGGAAUAAGCAUUGAAGGUUAAUAAGUUUUAGGAGUUUUCUUAAUAUUUAUUAGAUUUAUUACUCAAAUAGUGAUUAUAUUAUUUUUCACAAAUCAUCAAAACAUUAAGAAAGAUGCAUUAUCUAGUGGAUCAAGAUUUAUAUUACUUUAUUUAGAAGUCUUUAGAGUCUUGCUGAACAUUUAGUUGGCCUUUCCUAUUUAGAAAUAGUAAUUCCAUGUAAAUAUUGAAAGUAAACUAGGUAAUACUUUUAAUUUAUCUUGCUUUAUCAACAUGUCUCGCUAGUUUUCUUUUCAGGAUGAGUGAUUUUAAGAUGUUUAUUGCAAAUCAAUAUGUAAGAUAGGUAUUUAAGUUGUUCACAUUCUCUUUAUUUGGCAUAUCUUUAGGAUUCGCAAUAAAUUCAUUUUCAAUUCAAUUUAAUAUUACUCAAAGUGAUAAUUCAAUUUCAAUUAGUAUAUUGAGUGUAAUUUCUAUCACAUGGGUUUUUUAUUAAUAUUAUAUCAAUUAAUAAAUAGAACAUUUUUGCUUACCAACUGUUACAGGUGAUCAUUUAAUACAAAAAAUAAUAAAUCUAAAAUCAGUUGCAAAGCAGUUAAAUACAUUGCAUCAAUUUAGUGAAGCUGAUUCAUAUUAUUUGGGAAUGCUAAUUUAACAUUUAUCUAAUAGAUGUCUUUAAGAUACAAAGGAAAGAUGCUUUUGUAAAAUGAGAAUGUUAUAUGAUCCAAAGAAACAAAAGGAUAUCAAAACUUCUUAAUUUUCUUUGCUUAGAUAGAAGAGUUUGUAUUUGAAAUAUCUGAUUAAAACAUGGUAUGAGAUUUAUCUUUUUCAUCAUCCUCAAGAUGUAGAAAUUAGAAUGAAUUAUGCUUUAUUUCUAUAUUACAAAAUGAAUAAUUCAGUGUUAUCUUAUCUGUAGAUUAAAUUAACAAGUGCUUACAAAAGGAAUCUACUCUAAUAGUUUGACUUAAAUAAAAUUCAACUUUAAUUUAAACAUGAAAUUAUUGAUAAUAAUAGUUUAAGCUAUCAUAAUGAUUCAGAUUUUGAAUAUGUAAUUAAGAUGGAACAAAUAAUUAAGUCUCUUGAACUCAAUAUUCAGAAUUUUCUUGAUUUUAGUUUAAAGUUUUGGAGACAAGUAAACUAGAAAAUAAUUUAUGAAGACGAUCUUUGGAAUAUAAAUUAGGAUAUUAUGUUAACAAUUUCAUAAUCAAAUGAAUUGUGGAAUUAAAUAAGUAAGCACAAGAUAAUCAAUAGAGAUAAAGUAAUUGUUAAGAAUUUUCUAAUGAAAAGGCCGAAAUGGCAAUUCCUUUAUAAUUGGUAUUAUUUGUAUGUUCUAAACAAAAAAUUAAAGUAAAGCAUGUUAGAUUAUUGUGAUUCUUAAAACAUGGUGCAAUAACCAAUUGAUGAAGAUUCUGGUUCAGAUAAUUAAAACUAAAUUGAUUAAUUUUCUUGUCAAAAGGCUUUCAAUUAUACAUCAGCCAUUCUUCACACUAAUCAAUCUGGAUAAAUAGUGAAUUUUAGUGAAUCUACUUAUGAUAUUUUUGGAUUUUAAGAAUAUAAUAAUAUCAAUCAAUUAUUACCUAAAACAUAUAUUAGAAAUCAUUAAUUUGGAAUUGAUCAAUUUAUUUAAACUGGUAAAAGCAAAUCUUUGUACAAAAAAAGAAAGAUCUUAGCUUUAAAUAGUGAAAAGUAUCUUAUGCCAUGCAAAAAGUACUUGAAAUGGCAUAUAAGUCACCUCUCAUAAAUUGAAUACAUAUGCAUGAUUAGACCUAUUUAUAGACAUUAAAGUGUCAGUUACAUUUUGGUUAACAGUGACUGGGAGAUAGAUUGUGUAUCUGAAUAAAUUGCAGAAUACUUUUAACCUGGCUUAUGCUUAUUUAUAAUCUGUCCAAAAUUGUUGAAGUAUUCAUAUUAUUCAAAAUAUUUGACUGAAAAUGAUCUUAAAUUGUUUAAAUUAAAAAGAGCUAAAAAUGAGGAUAACAAUCAGGACUCAAUAGUUGAUGCCAAAUUCACAAAUAGAAAAAUUACUAUUGUCCCCAGUAAUUACAAAGGUUAAUAUGUGUAAUAAGAGUAACCCUAAGAUCUUGUUAGUAUGGUUUUAGAGGAUGAUAAUAAGAAUGUAUAGGAAAGUCCGCUCUGGAUAAACGAUGCUCUGUAUGAGGAUCUGUAGGAAGAGAAGGAUUAAUUAUUUAAGAGGUUUUAUAAGGUUGUGGAUGAGGAUCAUGUCAAAUUGACCUUUCGUGUACCAAAAAAGAUCAAAUAUUUGAUAGAUGAUUAUGCUGAAACUAAAUAAGAAAUAUUAUUAAAUGGUCUAGAUUAAAUGACAAUUAAACCAAAUAAAUUAAAAGAUGAGAGGAUUGUGAAAAGAAAUUCAAAUGGAAAACUAUAAAUUGAUAAGAAAGUACUCUUUUAUAAACUGUUUCAAUAUUAAGAGCACUACUAUGAGAACUUAUAUAAUCACUUUAGUAAAACAUCAAUCAAUAUUUAGAAACUAGUUUUUAGAAGUACUGCAUAACUAGUAGAAUGCUAAAGACUGUAAUCAAAAUCGAAGCAUCUAUACGAUUUACUAAAAAUACAAUCAUGGAUAAAUAUUAAAUCAUCAAAAUAACUAAUCUUAAUGUUAUUGAAAGUUAAAUCUUAAAUAAAAAGGACAAGGUAAUUUCAUAUUUGUAAUUGAUAGGCCGUAAAUAUUCUCAAUAGAAAAAAUCAAAUAGUCAGAUAAUCAAGAUAAAGUAUCUUUUAGAACCCUUAGCAAUUUUAGCAUUUGUAAUUAUUCUUAUAAUAGAACUACAAAUAAUAAGUUGAGUUCAAUUAUGAAAAAUUGACCCAUUCAAGUGGUUAAUUAUUAAUUAUAUAAUAGUUUAAAAUUCUGAAGUGGAAUCAUACAGAAAUACGAAUAGGCCAUUGAUGUCUGAAGAUCACGUGAUGUUGGAUUUCAACGCUUAAUAAAUAACAUCUUUGAUUCUCAAAUCUUCAAAUAACAUUUUUAUUAAGGAAGAAAACAAUAAACCUGCAAAGCAUUAUACUUAACUAAACUUUUUAAAGAUUUUAAAUAGAAUUUUCAUCUUCACCUUAAUCAUUUUUAACCUUAUUAUUUUAAAUUAGGGUCCUAAUAUCAAUCAAUUAGACAUGGAUGAACUAGGGGUAUAAUAUAUUAUUAUUAAAGUUUUAAAGUGCAAAGAAGCACUAUGAUUUUAUCAACAUUAUGAUUGAAUCAUAUGAUAAAUUGAUCAACACUUUUUAUUUUUAAAAUAACCUCCUUAUUUAAUUUCAUAAUGAAUCUUAAUUCUACUAGAACUUACAAAAUAGUUUUAAUGAUUAAUUAUCCGAGAUUACGAAAUUAUAUCAAUAACCAAGUUUUGUAUAGAAAAUCUAUAAAUCAUAAAAUUACAAUGAAAAUCUAAAUAUAAUUGAUUUAAUAAACUAAUAUAAAUCUAUAAUUGGAAGUCUUUAAUAAAUAGAUUAAAACUAAGAUUUUGAGUAAUAAUUAGAAUUCUUCCGAACAAUAUUUAUUCCUUUUCUCUUUGAUUAUUAAAGUCGGAAUAUUUAUGAAAUGAUUGAUUAUCUAACUCAAAAUUACUAAACCCAAAUUUAUAUUUGUUCUACAGUUAUAAUGAUAUCCACAGCAAUAUUUGGAUUUUAUUUAGUUUCUAAUAUUUUCAAUGUUAUCAAACUUAUAGGAUAAAGCUAAGUAUUAUGAUGAAUAUCUCUAGAAAGUUGCUAAACAAUUAUCUUACAUUGACAAAACAUAAAUUGAAGAAUCGCUAAAAUUAUAUUUGAAUCUAAAAUUCUAAUUUUCAUGUAUCCGAAGUGCAAGUGGCCUUAUAUAGAACAGUAAUUAUAUAAAUCAAUUUAGAUUAUUUUUAAUCAACCAAUUAAACAAUCAUAAGGUAAGUGGAUGAAGAUGAAAAAAGCAGCUGUUUAAAGAGAUAAAAGUAAAAGCUAUAUGAAUGGUCCAAGAGAUGGAAAAAAAUAAAAGUAUAAUUUUAAAUCAUGUAGAUUUUAAUGGUAUUAAGAUAUCUAUUAUUUAUGUCAAUCAUAUCAUUUUUAAGCUAUUUCUACUUUAUUUACAUUAUGGGAUUUAAUAAUUAGAUGUCUAAUAUAUUAAGUUCAAACUAUUUUACUUAACAAACAACACAAUUGCUAUCAUUAACUCUGUCCAAAGAAAUCUUUAUAUACAAUUUCUUUAAUAAAACCUAUAUCGAUAUUAAUAAAUACAAAGAAAUUCAAUAAAGUUAUGUGGCGAGUAAUGCUGAAUUACAGACCUAGUUAUAUGAAACCAACAUUGAUGAAAUUGAUCAAAUUUUUAAUGGAGAUUUAUGUACAUCUAUAAACUAAAGUAUUUAACUAAUUUAAACUUAGUUGUUAAUUUCUAAUAUUGCAAUAGCUACUUGAAUGGGGCAUUAAAAUAUGGUUUACAUUCCUAUAAUUUUUUACUUUCUUAAAUGGCUCAACAAUUGCUGAAUCCAGAUGAGGGAGUUUAUGAUAAUACAACGGUAGAGAAGAUCUUCGAAUUUGAUUAAGUAAUAAACGCAGUUAUAGAUUAAGGUUAACUAAUUUUAAAGAAUUGGAUAUGAACAAGCUUGGACAAUCCUGGGUUUAAGAUAUAGUUAAUCUAUUGUAGAAAGUUCAAAAUUAGAAAUAAUCUUUUUGUAUUUCCUUAUCAAAUAAAUUUAGAUCAUGUUCUUUUUCUUUUACUUUACUGCUAUUCAUCUUUCUAUUUGAAAUAAGUUUUUUUAAUUAGAUGUUUAGAAUAAUGUUAGAUGUCCGUUGUUUCUACAAAAGAUACUUUUCCAAUAUUGCAAUAGAUAAAUAAAAGAUUAUCAGAGCUUAACUCAUACAGUGUAGAAUAAUCAAUAAAUGAGCAUAACACAUAUACGUCAUCAUUUCUCUUAUAUUAAUUAUAUUUUAACAAUAUUAUGUCUUUUGUAGAAUAGAAAGGCAAAUAGUUAAGACCGUUAAGAACUCAAAGAACACAAUCAGAAUAUGAUUCUCAAUAAGUGAAACCAAGUCCUGAAUUAUGGAUAUAGAAUGUGUUAAAGGAUGAAGCUGAACAUAGAAAUGUAUUGAAGAGCUUUGGAAUUGACAAGGCUUCUUUGAAAACAGCUGGAGUAACAUAGGCUGACAGAAUUUAUAAUAGUUUGUUCAUCUAUUCUCAGGGAGUGUACAACUCUUUAGAAGAGUUGAUUGCUCAGAGUUUUGAUAAGAAAUCUAUAAUGGGGAAGCUUUGGAAGGUAUUCUAACUAUUGACUGAGAAGUGCAGACCUCAAGUAAUUGAAAUAGACCAAGCAUAAAGUUAGUAGAAGAUCACUCUUAACAUUUUGAAUGACUAAUUUCAAUCAUUGAUGCAACUUAAAGAGCAGGAUUUGAUUGAUCUAUAAAAUUAGAUUAAAAUGAGGGAUGAAACUAUACAUUUGCUUUAACAUAAACUAAAUUUAUAGAAAUCAGAGCUCACCCAAUAUGAUGAAUUAAUUUAAGAGAGAGAUAAAUUAUUUAGCUAGGAAACGAAAAAAAGAGUCAGUUUCGAAUCGAAAAUUAAUCAUAUCUAAUGUAUUUUCAAUUAGUAACUGUAACUUAACGAAUCAUUAAAGUUGAAGAUGAUAAAUGCAGAAUAAUAAAUACAAAAUUUGGAGUUGGAUUUAGAACAGAAGAGACAAAUUAUUUUAAAUUUAAAUGUUGAAAUAGGAGAAAAAGAUCAAAGAUUAGACAAUCUGAAAUGCAGAACCUUUGACUCUGAAUUAUAAGUCAAAUUAUUGAAGGAGAUGAAUUAAUCCUUAGAGUCUAAAUGUUAGGAGUAUGAAUAAAAGAAAUAAAAAGACUAUUCAUUGAUUUAAUAAUUGAAUUAUUAAACUUCAAUUAAUUAAUCUCAAUACAAUAAAUUAGACACUCUCAAUAAACAAUUAACAGCUAAUUAUGAGCAUUUAUAAUAAAGACUCAAUGAAUAAAAUAACGAUAUUUAAUAAAAAACACAAGUGGUUUUUGAAUAGCAAAACAAAAUCACAAAUUAUGAAACUUAAAUAAUAUUGUUAACAUAAGAAAAUGAGUGUUUAAAAACUAAAUUACAAGAGGUAACAUAGUUAUCUUAAGAAACUAACAAGAAUGCCAAAAAUUAAGAGAUUGAAAUACAAUAAUUAAAGUAAAGAUAAUCCGUUUUAUCAACUGAAAAUGCUUAGAUAACAAUCCAAAAAAUUCAAUUGGUUAAAACCUAUGAAGAAUGCAUGAUUACAUAUUAGGAAUUAAAAAAAGAAUUUGAGUUUGAAUAAGAAUUAAAGUUUAAAAUUGAAUUUGAUUUAAAGAGGUACUAAGAUUAAGUAAAGUAACUUGAAUAAGAAAAGAAACAAUAAUUUGAUUAAGUGAAGGAAAUUUAAAAGAAACAAAUGUUUUAAUUAUAAUAGAAUGAUGAAAAGAGCAAAUUCUAAUAGAAUUAAAUAGUAAAAAAGGAUGAGACUAUUGAAGAGUUGAAAUGCAAUAUCAAAAUCUUGAAUGCAAGUAAUUCAACUCUUGAAGGGUAGGUGAACUCACUUACAUAAAAUCUAAAUGAAUUACAGAAUAAAUAUUCCUCAGAAAUUAUCAAGAAAUAAGAACUUGAACAGCAACUGAAAUUAAUAGGAUUGGAACUUAAAAAUAAAUCGGUAGAAUUUAAGAAAAUGGAAGAAAAUCUCAUGUUGCAUCAAAUCAAAUAUAGUCAAAUCAAAGAUUACCCUGAUAUGUACAAGGAAAUCAACGAACAAUAUAUAAUUGUGCAAUAACUAGUUGAUUAAUUAUAAAGAGAUAUUGCAAUGCUAAAAUAAACAAAAUAAUACCAACACGCUUCUAUUUAAACAGGUGAAUAGAAUUCAUGUAGUAUCGAAUCUUAAACAGAAAUCAUACAAUAAGAUUACUCUUAAUAGUUUAGUGCCACACAAGACGAUGUUCAAACUUAGACAAUUCCAGUAUUUACAAAUACUAAAUUAAUUCAGACAGAAUUAAGUUAAGUUUUACUUACUGAUGAUAACUCUAGUUGUUUUGAUAAGAUUACGAGCAAGAAAUAGCAUUAAUUUACAUAAGUGGAUCUGAUAACUUAGACUGAAUUCUAAUUGGAUUCAUAAAAGUACACUUUGGAAUAGGACGGGUCAUCACAUCAUAGAUCUAUUUAGAAUUCGUAUAAUUUUGAGGAUAGUUAUUAAACGAGAUUGUAACCUUAAUAUGAAGAUUUGGUUUAUGACAAACAAUAAAUGAAACUGAUAAGAAAUGGCAAAACGAAUUAAAAUAAUAAAAUUGAAGAAGAUCCUACUCAAGAAUAAAAUAAGUCUUUUAUGAAAUCAAAAAUAAAGGAUAAAGUCAAUAAAGGAAUAGAAUUACCUUAAAUCUCAAACUAUGGAGAAAAAUCCUAAAAUGUACCAAAUUAGAAGACUCCUUCAGCAAGAUUUGCCAAGAUGUAUGUUCAGGCAUCUGAAUAUUAUAAAAAAUGA